AUGUCUUCCAAAGGAAUUGAAUUUUUACUUCGAAAACCUGACGAAAUAGUGACUGAGAAUCAUGUAGUAGACUUCUUAAACACCCAUUUUAAAGAGUUGGAAGACCUAGAGCAAUUAGAUUCUACAUUAACACUAGUGGAAGCAAAACAGCAAAAUUUAGCUCAAAAAUUAUCCACGAUGAAAGCUGAAACUUCCAAAACGUUAAAUAGUUCACUUGGACACUUGAAAGUUACCGAGGCGCAACUCGAAAAUCUUCAAGCAACGCGUCUAGAGUUGGAGGAUGCUCUAACGGAACAUCAAAUUUCCAUCGGAUCAAAAAAGAACGAGAAUGCCUCGAUCGAAUCAGCAGUAGUCAGCAAGGAAUUGGUUGACGACUUGAUAAUCUUGCAAAAAAAUGUGGAAAACCUGUUACGAGCCAAGCAGUACUUGAAUGUUCUUGUUAUUGCGGAUGAAUUGAGUAAUGAUCAAAUUUUGAAAAAUCUUGAUGGAUUUAUACGAAAAAAUUUGGAUGCACUUUGGGAGGAUAUGAAAAGUAGACUUUCAAAGAAAUUUCAGCAAACAUUAGAUUCAUUGGGAUGGCCAACACCGUUAAAGAUUCCAUUACCAAAUGAAAUGCAGGAAAAGAAGUUGGCAUUUACAAAAGCUUUUUGCGAAUUAUUGUUGCUACAGAAUCCGACGGGGGUAGAAGAUCGACUGGUAGAAGACACCGAAAAAAUCAUUACUAAAGAACAUAAUGAAGAGCUUGUUCCGUUAUUCCCAAUACAAUUGAUGGCUGAACCUUUAAUAACAAGAUUCAGGUAUCAUUUUGAUACUAAAAGACCGACUAAUCGAAUUGAUAAGCCGGAAUGGUAUUUUACACAUCUCCUCACAGCUUUACACGAACAUUCUCCAUUCCUAACAGAAGAAAUUCAAGUUAUCAUUGACGAAGCUGGGUUUGAGAAAUAUAAUGCAAAAGAUGACUUUAUACGUUGUUUACUUACCGCAGUAACUCGAAAACUGAAUCAAAGUGUAAAUGCUUUGGUCAAUUCUCCACAAAAUUUUUCACAUACGGUAUUUGAAACUCUACAAUUUGAUCAAGUGAUUAGAACCGUGCAUCUAUAUCUACCCCCAGGAAAAAAGCAAUGGAAUGGAUGUGUAGAGGUGUUCACUGGACGAAAAGAAAUAUUUAAGGCUUGGCUUAAAAUUGAAAAAGAAUUUGCCGAGGUCCGAUAUAAUGAAAUAAUGCAUUCAGAAGAUGCAUGGGAGAUAGAGAGUGAAGACAUUGUAGAUGACGAUCUUCAACCGACUAAAUCUGCAUCGAAAAUUAUGGACCUAUUGGAACUUGUCACAAGCAUGUUUUUAUAUAUCAAAUAUGAACGCCGAUAUAAACUAUUACCAAUGUUCCACAAUCGUAUAAGAUUUAUGGUUGAUAUUCAAGCUGAAAUUUUGGAUGCUUAUGAGAAAAGAAUCGAAUCUGCCGUUAAAGCCUUCGAGAAUCUCAGUUAUACGAUUGUCAGAGCAGUGCCAAAUGCUGCAACUGCUGAUGGAAAAUCUGUGACCGGAAUAGAUGGAUUAAAAAGGUUGUGCCGUUGGUUGAGUAGCGCUGGUUAUGUUAGUCGUACAAUUCGAGAAUGGGGAGAAGAUCCGUUUUUCCUUGAAUUAUGGCAUGAUGUAAAUGUACGUGCUGCCAUGAACACAAGUUCUACUCCUUUACCUUCACCGACAAAUUCUGAAAAGUCUGUUUCUGAGGAAUCUAGCGGAACAGGAUUGCUUAAAAAUGAUCAACAAGAAUUAGUUGAUGAUGGAACUAUUUUUGAUGAUGCCGCGGAUACAUAUGAUGAUUUAUGUGAUCGAAUACAAAUUCUUAUGGUGAAAAUUGUUUCCAAAGAAUUCAUUAAUGGUCUAAAAGCUUAUAGUAAAAAAAAUAAUUGGUCUAGGGCUGAAGUUAAUAAUUACGAGUCCAGUGAAACGCCUUUAAAUCGUCAAUCACACCUUCGAGCGGAGAUUUCGCUUGAAUCCUCGGCAUCAAAAAACAUAUCCACUAACAACACGACCAAUUCGGCAGCUUCAACCUCUGACGAAACACCCGCAAACACGACUAUCAUUGAAAUCUCUUCGGAACUCUAUACACCACUCUCACAGCUGACACAUGUGCUCACUUUUUUAUCUAAUAGUCUACCGUCGAGAAUUUUUAAUCAUGUUUACAAAGAAAUAUCAAAGGACAUAGAAGAUUACUUAUGGGAGCGUGUUUUAAUGAAAAGUCAAUUUUCGGAGAUGGGAGGUUGGCAAUUUGAAGUUGAUAUGGAGAAAGGAUUAUUCAUGGUUGGCAAACGGAUAAGAGAUGCGUGCAUAUUGCUUACUCUUUCCUCAUCAUCAUCAGAUGCCCUUGUAGAUCCAGAUAAAUCGAAAAAGCCUAAAACGAUCUCUCAAGUGAUUUCAUUUCUAUCGGACACUGAAUUAAAAUCCAACACGGGAGUCAGAAUUCUCGAACAGCUGGGUGUUUUCCAUUUGAACGUGAAAGAAGCAAAAGAAGUAAUCGGGAGACGGAUAGAUUGUUGGAAUUAG